CGAGGCCUCAGGGCUCAGCUCCGGGGCUGGACGGCGGCGACUCCAUCACCACCACCUGUAGCGGCGGGAUGGAGGAGUCGGACCUCAGCGCCGCGGCCGUGCUGGGCUUCCUGCGGGAGCGCGGCGGGCGGGUGCGCAACACCGAGCUGGUGAGCGCCUUCCGGCCGCUGCUGGAGGCCGGCGGGGACGCGGCGGCGCGGCGGGAGCGGUUCAAGGCGGCGGUGAACGCCGUGGCCGUGGUGAAGGAGCGCGACGGCGCCAAGUUCGUGGUCCUGCGGCGGGAGCUGCGCCGGGACCCUCCAGCGGGGGCCGCGCUGGCGCCGGGGGGCGAUGGCGGCGGCCCCGACCCCAGCCCCGAGCCCGUCCCCGGGGGGCGGCUGUCGCCGGCGCCCCCCGAGGAGCUGCCGGGGCCGCGGGCAGUGUCCGAGCUGCGGGGUCUGUUCCAGGGCGGCGGGGGAGCGGUGCCGCUGCCCGGCGGCGCGGCGGGGGCCCGGCGGGAGCCGCUGCCCAAGCCCUGCAUGCUGCCGGUGCGCUGCGUGCCGGCCCCCGCCGCCGCGCCGGGGCUGCCGGAGGCGCUGGGGUCCCCUCUGUCACCCCCGGAGGUGGAGACCGGGUCCCGCUCGCCCUACCUGCGGCGGGCGCCCAAGAGCCACCGGGCCAGCGAGGAGACGUCGGCGGUGCCCCUGGAGCAGGCCGAGCACCAGUGGCUGGUGAUGGCUGCGGACGGGCAGUGGACGCAGCAGCUCCACGGGCUGCUGCUGGGCGACGCCAGCUUGGCGGACAGGAGGGACUUCAUCUCGGGCUUCACCGCCCUGCACUGGGCCGCCAAGAGCGGCAACUGCGACAUGGUGACAAACAUCAUCAGAGCGGCCGAGAAGGGGGGGACCCGCGUCAACGUGGAUGCGAGGUCGCACGGAGGCUACACAGCCCUUCACCUGGCUGCCAUCCACGGCCAGGAGAAGAUCAUCACCAUGCUGGUGUACAGCUACCACGCCAAGACCGACCUGCGGGACUACAGCGGGAAGAAGCCGCAUCAGUACUUAAAGGAAGGGGCGUCCUCUGUGGUCAGGCGCUUGCUGGGGGAUCCCAGCCUUCCCCACAGCACGGAGCCCUCCGCGCCCAUCAAGAAGAGCACAAAGCUUGCAGCUUCCAUCUUGAGCUCCACGAGCACUUUCCUGGGGGUGAUAUCCGAUGACAUGGCUUUCUACGAUCUCACCAAAGGUUUAAGGAAGCCUUCGUCUUUAAACAAGCUCCUGGCUGCCACUACGGGCCCAAGGAGGAAGCCAAAGACCAGAGGGGGCUUCCCUUCAUAUUCCUCCCUCUCCGAGGUAAUGGAGGAGGAGGAAGAGGAGGUCGUUGUGAAGCGCAGACCUGUUUCUGAGCUGUUCUUUGGCCACUAGCCGCUGCCUUCUUGGGAUCCAAAUUGUUUAAUAAUGCGACCGGGGCCUCAAUUUCU